AUGUGGUGGGGUAGGGAUGUACUGUAAAAUUAACUACUGAGAGCCUAUUCCUGGACAUUCCUGAGGAUACCUUCCAUCAUAAGCAGGUCACAAAAACUUAUUUAUUCCAUUCAAGAAAUCUCUAGCAUACUGAGAACGACCUGAAGUGAAAACUGGAAAAUUUUUAUGUGACAUUACCUACAUGAGGGACAAAUUUGCCACAGGACUCAUACGGCAAGCUUGCUGAAAAAGAAAUAGAAAUAUCAGGAAUACAACUCAGAUGAUUCAACUUUGCCCAAAGACAGAACCUUAAUGAUUAGCGCUGCAUAUACACCAGCUUAGAAGAAGCAGCCACACUAUGACUCUCAGAACCGACUUCUCUGAAGCAAUGGUUUUAUAGAUGUGGCUUCAUAAUGUCUAUGACUGAAGUUCUGUUAUUCAUAAGGAUUUUAUUCCUGCUGCAAUGGUUCGGGGUAUUUCUGUCUUUUCCUGGAUUCAUCCAAACUAAACAGUACCAGUAUCAUAGCCCCCCAGAGGUGGUGAUUCCCUUAAAAGUACCUGGCACGGUCAGAGGAAUUAAAUUUCCAGGAUGGCUUUCCUAUAGCUUACACUUUGGGGGCCAGACACACAUUAUCCACAUUAAGGCCAAGAAACAUUUGCUAUACAAACACCUCCCAGUGUACACUUACUCAGACCAGGAAACUCUGCUUGAAGACCAUCCUUUUGUCCAGGAUGACUGCUACUAUCAUGGUUAUGUGGAAGGGGUCUCAGAAUCUUUGGUGGCUCUCAGUACUUGUUUUGGUGGCCUUCAAGGACUGUUGCAGAUAGAUGACAUUGCUUAUGAAAUCAUGCCCUCCAUGUUUUCUACUAAAUUUGAACAUUUGGUAUAUAGGCUGGAUAGUGAGGACACACAAUCCUCUACCAGAAUAUCUGACAUUUUUCAAGAUGAAAUAGGGCAACAAAUGGAAUUUGAAGAUAUUAGUAAUCCCACUCUCAAGCAAAGUUCUGCUGUGGGCUGGUGGCUCCAUUAUAAGACUGUUGAACUUGCAGUGGUGGUUGACAAUUACAUGUAUGUUCAUUAUGGAAGAAAUGAAACAAAGAUACUGGUGGAUUUAUUUCAAAUAAUGAAUUUGGUGAGUUCCAUUCAUAUUUAUCUGGGCAUUAGGGUAUUACUGUGUGCCUUGGAGAUCUGGAAUAAUUCAAAUCCUGUUGUAGUAGAUGAUGUAAGAAAAUCUAUCUAUGAAUUUUGCAGAUGGAAAGCUGACCACUUUAGUCCGCGGGUAAAACAUGAUGGCAUACAACUUUUCCUGUAUAGGGAAUUAAGAGGAUUAAGUGGCAUAACACAUACUAGAGGAAUAUGUAAACUACGACGUAGUUGUUCAAUUGUUACUUUGGUGAACAGAAGUUUGGCCCUUUUUGCAAUUGCUGUGUCUCAUCAUUUAGGUCAUAGUUUGGGCAUGUCCCACGAUGAAAGAUCAUGUAAAUGUGCAGCAUAUAUAUGUAUAAUGCAUGUGGAUAACCCACCUGUAGUUUUUUUUAGCAACUGUAGUUAUGGUUAUUUGUGGGCUCAGACUACAACCCAGGCACCAUGUUUGCUAGAAAAUAUAUACUCAAAGGACAUCUUUGAUAGGACACGCUGUGGGAAUGGCAUUGUUGAAAAAGACGAGGAAUGCGACUGUGGAGCCAUAAAGUAUUGUGCAGAAGACCCAUGUUGUUUGCCAAACUGCACUCUGAGUUAUGGGGCUACUUGCGCCUUUGGGCUUUGUUGUAAAGACUGCAGAUUUGCACCAGAGGGGGAACUGUGUAGAAAAGAGGCCAAUAUAUGUGAUCUUCCAGAGUGGUGCAAUGGGACUUCCCACAUGUGCCCAGAUGAUGUCUACGUGGAAGAUGGAAUUCCCUGUAAUGAUUCUUCCUACUGUUAUGGAAGGGAAUGUCAUAAUCUCAAUGAAAGUUGCAGGCAGGUUUUUGGCCACUCAGCAAGGAGCGCAAAUGAGAUUUGCUACAAAAAACUGAAUACUCAAGGUACCCGUUUUGGCCACUGUGGUCUCGGUGGUGCUAGUUAUGUAAAAUGUAACAUGUCGGACAUCUUGUGUGGGAGACUUCAGUGUGACAAUGUGGCAGAACUUCCCCUUUUGGAUGACCACACCACAGUACACUGGACUCGCUUCGGUGAUACAACCUGCUGGGGUACUGAUUAUCACCAUGGGAUGAGAAUUCCUGAUAUCGGUGAUGUAAAAGAUGGCACAAAAUGUGGUGAAGAACAUCUCUGUAUCAAUAGGCAUUGUGUCCAUAUAUCUCGACUGGAUAGUAGUUGUUCACCUGCAUUCUGUAAUAUGAGGGGUAUCUGCAAUAAUAAACACCACUGUCACUGCAACUUUCUGUGGGACCCUCCAAACUGCGUGAUAGAGGGGUAUGGAGGCAGCGUUGACAGUGGCCCACCUCCUAAGAGAAAGAAGGAAGCAAAGUUUUGUUACCUGUGUUUAUUACUCCUCCUUAUUUUGCUUGUUUUAUUAUGUUGUUUUUGUUGCCUUAAGAAGAAGAAGCCUAAGAAAGAGAAAAAAUCUCUGACUCAAUCUGGAAAAGAAAAGAAAAAGGAGAGCCAACCUAGCUCAUUGCUUUCCAAAAGUAAACCUGAGAUAGAACAGCAAAAACCUCAAACUCCACCUGCAAAAGUAGAGACAAAGUCCCUACAGAGUCAACCACAGAGUCAACCUGGCUCCUUGCGUUCCCAGAGUCAACCUGGCUCUUUGCGUUCCCAGAGCCAACCUGGAGGACAAAGGCUAUCAACCCCAAUUUCAAAAACUCCACAGCCUCCCAAAAAACCUUCAUUAAAAAAUUAAUUCCUAGUA